CUUUUUUUGCACAUGUGUUCUCACAAAAGCUAUCUCUGUCUCUAUUUCUGCCACAAACACAGACACACAGGCGCGCUUCCUCUGUUCCAUGUUUCUGCUUUCUGUCUUUUCAGUUUGAGCGUAACCCCAUUCUCAAGACUAGUUAGGAAUGCACUCUUGACUCUAGAAACUGUUGUACCAGAGCAUAGAUUCUGUGUUUCUGUCAAUCUGUGUCUGAAAAGUGUCCCACUAAAGAAUUUGACUCAAAGAAACUAGAGCAGCAUCAAUGGGGACAAAGAAUCUUUAAACCAAAAUGUCUGAUUUACCUUGGGUAAAAUGGUCAUGGAAGAUUUGAGUAGCAAAAUUUAAACAGUGGCAUUUAUAUGGUGGGGUGGAAAUUUGUGCAUUGGCUCCAUAUUGUAAAUCAAGUUUUGAUAUAUUCUGCUGCAAUGGCUUACAGCAGGACAUUGAUUCCCAACCAGGGGUACGUAGAGAAGUGUUACAUAUGAAAAAAUAAUUACCAAUUUCUAUAUAUAUAAAUAAAAGAUGUUAAAGCUUAAUGUUAAAAAAUAAAAUGAAUAAUGUAAUGGACCAUGUAAUGGUGAAAUAUCUAAAAUUACUGGAGAAAUGGUGGAAUCCGUAAAAGUAAUGCGUAAACAGUUGAAAAAGUGUGGAGUCACUACCUCUCGGAGCCAAAUAUUUGCCACUGAAAAUUGACGUAUGGUAUGGCGAAGAAAUGUUGUCCAGUGUAAUAGUGUGUAUCAGAUAUAUUUAUUCACCAUUUCAAGGUCAUGUUGAUUUUCACAUCAAAACAGUGAGUGCUGCAUGCUUUUACAGGCUGGAAAGAAUUGGAAGAGGGGGCGAGUCAGUGGAGGAGAGAUGAAUGAAACUGAUCAAAAUGAGUCAAGGAAUCAAAAUGAAAACAGAUGGAACACAGUUGUCUGUUUUGGAUUUAUACGGAUGGAUUAAAGAAGAGGAGUGUGUGUGUGUGUGUGUGUGUGUGUGUGUGAGUGAGUGAGUGAUAUGCUCACAGUGGUGUCUGACCGCUGGGGUCGGAUCAUAAAGACUGACAGUCACACUGCUCGCAGAGGUCAGUGUGACGGCCAAAAUCCACUAUCACUCUCACUAUCUGAUUGAGUGAAAGGGAGCGCAGACGGGUGAAGGAGCUGUGCCGGAUGUUUCUUUCACCUUCCACAUUUAACUCCAUGAGGGAACUGAGGACCGAGUACGAAGUAAGAGAGACAGAAGGAGCAGCCCAUGCCGUCAUUUAAUCCCUGCAUGAUGGCAUUCCUGCAGCAGAUGCGUUCCCCUCGCCUCUCCUUUCUCCAGACGGUCGUUUCUCUCUUCUUGGGUGGCAUGGCCCUCAUGUCCUCCUACUGGUGUGUGGGGAAACAGAAGGUGCCCAAGCCACUAUGUUCGGCCACCAAGCAAAGCAACUGCAUCCCCGUUCCUGGCGUCUCCAACUCCUCCAACAUCCAGUUCUCCUGGGAGACGGGGGAUGACCGCUUUGUCUUCCCCGCCUUUCAUACCGGCCUGUUCAUCACCUGUGAGGAGAACAUCUACACAGAUGCAUGGGAGGAGAAGUGUCGAGGGUUUUAUACUGUGACUCCAGGUUCUGAAAAAGCCUCUUCUCCUCACUCUGCAGCAAUGCUGUGGCUGUCUCUAUCACUGGAGCUCAUGUAUGUCGGCCUGCUGUUAAUCAGCUGCACGCUGCUGUCUGUGCAGUUGUGUAUCAGGGCCUGGUUCCCCUCCACGCAGCGCUGGGGGCAGCUGCUCAACUCGUUUGCUGCUGUCUUCACAGUCCUGGGAGGUCUGCUUGGGAUGGUGGGUCACAUGAUGUUCAUGCAGGUGUUUCAGACCACUGCCUCAAUGGGACCUGAAGACUUCAAGCCUCACAGCUAUGGCUACUCCUGGGCGUUCUAUGCUGCCUGGUUUGCCUUUACUGUCUGCAUGUCAGCCGGUGUCUCCACUCUGAACAACUACACCAAGAAGGUCCUGAUGGUGGGACCCAGACGUAACUCCGGCCUUAACCCCUGCAGCUUUAACUUUCUCCUGCCACCGGCUCCUUACUACACCCCUGCCAACCCAGCCAUCACCCUGGCCUGUCCCCCGUCUCCCCCCCAGAUCUCCCACUUAUCUCCCUACUACGACCCCCCGACAGCAACGUUACCUGCCACCACUCCGAGGCUCACGCACUCCCACUCCCUUCCUCUCCCGCACUCUGCUUCCUUCCCUCCUCCCCCCUCCCACCCUGCGCCUGGAUCCCCUUUCCACCGCCUCUCUCUCCCCUCUCCAUCUCCCUCACCCACCCCGUCCGCCUCCGCCCACGUGACCCUGUCACGACACCAGGAAGACCAUUACGAGCCGGAGGAGAACUACAGCCCACUUUCAACUGCUGUACAUAUCCAGACUGGAGUCUUUCUAUGACUACAGGACCUGUGUCUAUCUUGGCAACGCAGUUAAACAUUUGUUAAUAGUCUUGUCAUAUGCUCUGAAUUUACAUGGUCAGCCGUCCAGUCAUCCAGUAAAUCCAGGUAACCAGCGGUGAGCCCCUUCACUCAGUUCUAAUAAAGGCAGCGAACACCUGUUAAUGACAACCACAAAGUAGCCAAUAGAACAUAAUUAAGUUGAAAAUCAAGUUUUAAUAUUGAAAAAUUAAUUGUCAUCCUUAAUGAGAAAUAAUGGUAGCAAAAAUAAAACAGCAUUGGACAUACAAAGCAAUAUGGGAAACAAAACAUAUUUACACAUACAUAUCAAGGCGGUUGCCUUUUUGUUACACCAGGUGGAAACAGAGCUGAUCUGACAAAGACGGAAAGUAUAUGACAGGUUGUGAAGAUGUGCUUUAUUACUGGUACAUAGUUCAGACAAGAUAUUUGAUUAGUAAAUAUAUCUAAAGUUUCAUUUAUAUUGGAUGAGUGUAAAUCAAAAUCUCUGAAAUUUUGUUCUGUUUGCUGCAUUUAAAAUGAACCAAACAGAAAUGAAUUUCAAGUCGCACUAAUUUGGGCUUCAUUACUCUGCCCUUUUUUUUUUUCUUUUUUUUUUUAGAGCUGUCAAUAAAAUAAUGUAGUGUAAGAAUUUCUAAGGAAGCUGACAGCGAUUACAGUGUUGAAUACAUAUAUGAUAUGGCAUUGCAUUCCUACACAUAAACCGGUUUGUUGUCUUCCCUAAUCACAAAUAAUUACAAAAAAACUCAACUGCAUUAUAUUAUUGAUAUUAUUUGAUUAUAUCAUUGCAUAGUCUUAUCAUUAGUUCACACACACAUCUACAACAGGUGACAUUUCAAUGCAUUUUAAGACUUCAAAACGGCACAGCUUUACCCAGUACUUUGAAAAUCAAUGCCAUUACAUUGUAGUUACACUCUCUGUUUGGUGAGUGGCACAUUCUACAAAGUAAAACCAGAGCAUGUAUUUAUAUAUGAAACAAAAGUUGAUGAACUAACAAUAAAAUAACACAAAAACUAUCAACUAAAAUAAUAAACUCGCCCCUUUUUAUCCAACACUCAUAUCCAUAUAUAAAUGUACAUUACAAAAAAAAGACCACAGAUUUUACUUUCAACCUUUGUUAUAAGCCAGAAAUAAUGAUCGAUCUUAAUUUAUCAUAGCAUCUUCUAUGCAUUAGAUGCCCUCAAGAAAUCCAGCCCAAACUCUGGGUUGAAAAUACACUCAAAUACAACUGUGAUUGAUUGAGCUUGCCUUUUACUGCAAAAAUAUCCAAAACACUCCACAAAGUGUGAAACCCUGACUAUCUGACAGCAGACUAAAUUAAACACUAAUAUGUAUUUGAGAGGAUCAACAGGUCUGCUAUAUCUUGACCUGAAUAUACACUAGCAGCUCAAAUCUGAUGUCCGAAACCUAUCCUAUCUGGGACUAGCUGAAAGAGUAUAUCCAGCCAAUGCUCUAGUGUCCUUCUCAUGCAGUCUUCUUGCGUAGCACAAAGUAAAUGAUGGAGGAGAUGAACGUGAGGCCAAAGCUGAUCCACGCCAGGAUGUAGCAGUGACCGUACCAGCCCAAAGUACCCUCAUCGAUGUGGAAGCGAUCUGUGUAGAUGGAGGCUGCGAUCAUGAUGCACAGGCCUGGAGGGAAAGAGACAUGGACAUCAGUCAGGGAAGAGAAUGACAGAAAGAAAGAAAAAUAGGGAAGAUACGGCGAGAGGGGGAACAAGGGAAAAUAUAAAAAAAAUACUCACUGGCUAACAGCUGAAAGAUGCCAGAGACGGUGAACCUCUGUCCUUUGCUGAGGGUGAAGAGCUGAGCCACAAACACAAAGAUGCCCAGGAUGGAGAAUAUACAAGCUAGCACUGAGCUGGCCUGCACUGCCUGGAGGUAAUCUGCAGGGGGAGCCAGAGAGAGGGCAAUACAAUGAAGAUGCUGUGUGUGUGCGAUGGGGGAGUAUCCUCAAUAUGUGCUAAACUUCAUAAUAACAUCCAGGAAAAAGUAAUACGUUUGCAGUGACACUGUGUUUUUAAAAAAUCUGAUUCAAACGUCCCAGAUAUUUUAAACGGGCUGAUUAUAGUGCCAUGUAAAGCAAAUUUAUGUUUGGGAGGUCAAUAGUUGUAAUUACUGUAUGACCAAAACUAUACCCAUCACUAUACAUAAGGUUCAGGAGAUAAACACAAGUCAUUACUUUCAGUUUCAAUUUGGUCUCUUCUGCUUCUCUGUUUCUAUGGCAGCGUCAUUCUGGCUAUACUGUCUGCUAAUUUGCAAUGCGGACAAAAUCAUCUGGAUGACUGCAAACCCAUUGUGUGUCCCCAAGUGAUUUACAUGCACAUGUUCUGGGAGAUUGCCAGAAGAAACAGCACUGUAAAGUCAGAUUGCCUCUAUAUGGUUUGGUAACGCAAACCAUAUACUUGAAGGGUUGUAUUCAAUGUGUAUCAGACAGCUAUCAAAACAUUAUUGUUCCAGAUAAUGACUCAAACAUAGAGAUAUAAAGGUAUCAAUAGAAAGGCGUGUUUGAUGAAAGACUUUAUGGGCCGCUAAACCCAUUUUCUCAAUCAGAUGCUUGAUGCUAGAAAAAAGAUUUGGAUCCAAAUCUGAUGGCAGAUGAUGACACACCCACACAGCAGAUUGGCUUGGAGUUUUUGAGUGUUAAACUCUUAAUAAAUGAUACCUAAAGAUA